AUGCUGAAGAAGUAUUCAACUGACUCUGACAGGAGAAUCUGGUGGCCGUCGUGUUUCCCAGCGUUUGACCCUUUCAGAGCCAACAUGCCCAUCCUGAAGAAGCUUCCCGGGAGGUCCAAGAGCAUCGCCGGCAAUGGUGAGAUGGUGCUGAUCAGCAAUCAUGACACCAGCGAAACGGUGUUGCAGCACAACCACACCAACGACGAGCUCAUCCUCCCGCCGUCCUGCCUCAACCCCUUCGAAGACCCGGAGCCGGAUCUGGGCUGGAACGAGAAAGAAGGUUCCAUCUGGGACCCAGACCAGGUCUUAAAGACCAGGUCGCUGCGAGAGGGCGAGGCGCUGGAGAACGAGCUGAACGCCGAGCUGCACGGAGGGCUGAAGCUCACCGACAGGUCCAAGGGGAGCUCGCCUCUGAGAGGGACGCUGGAGCGCAUCGUCGGCUCAUCGCCGCUCAGGACGCUGGGUAAGCUGAGCAAGGGGCUGCGCAUGACCGGGCGUAACGUGUGGAGCAACACCCUCCCGGUCACUCCCACUUCAGGGAAGGAGAAGAAAAACAACAAGAAGAAGAAUCACAGACGAGCGUCUGAGGAGAUCAUGACCCUGUUACGGUUAGCCGGUCGGAGGAAGAAAAGCGAGAGGAGGGAAAGUCUGCCUGAGGACGAGGUCAACAGCGAGGAUGACGAGGAUGCCAAGCGUCGGCCUUCUUUCCUGCGCAGUUUGAGUAAACUCCGCGGGGACUCCUUCACCAACCGGGACUCCCUGGAGGCCGAGCCGCAGAGCCCUGAGGAGGAGGCGCCCGCCAAACGAAGGGAACCGCUCUCAGUACUUGAAAUUCUGCAGCUGGUGAAUCAGCGGGACCUCCUUCUGGCCGACACCCACAUCCAAGAACUGGAGAGAGAGUGCGAGCUGGAACCCACGUUCUUCCAAGCCACGCCCACCACGCCCUCGCCCACUCCGCCCGUCACGACCCCUCGCCCUUCCUCCACCCCCCUCCUGAGGAAGGUCAAAGACGUGGAGUUGCUCUACGAGGCGCUGCAGCGGGAGAUGUGGGACGUGGUGCGCGAGUCGCUACGACAACCCUGCGCCGGACCCCAGCUCGGCCUUGUGGUGCUGGUCAUUCAGCAGGAGGAGCACGCCGACCGGGUCUGGGCUUUGCACCAGGACGCCCGUCCCAGCAAGCGCCCUCGGAGGUUUAGGCAGAAGUGGGCGGAGGCAGUGGGCGAGGCGGCAGAUUGGUCAUUGCCGCAGUCAGGCGGCAUCGCGACCGGGCAGAUGGGCGUGUUCCUGGAGAGACUGAGGAGCCGGGUGCUAGAGGACAUGGACGCGGCAAGAAGAAACGUGGUGGCGGUGUAUCCCAAAGAGUUCUCGGUGUUCCAGGUGUACAUGCAGAGCUACCACAAGGGCGUGGCUAAGCGCCUUGAGGCAAUUACCGCCGGCCAAGUGCAGAUCACAGACAUCUACUCGCUGCUCGACUGGGUUUACAACGUCUACCACAGGGACGUGCUGGGAACUGUAAGAGCGAUGGGAUCUAUAGACUGUACCGCUCUGGAACCGCUGCUACCCUCUGAGGUCAUCGACAGACUGGAACAGGAGUGUCUCGACACCGUCUGGGAUAAGGUAACUCUGGAGUUGUCGCAGGUUUUGGAGGAUGAGGAGAAGAGAUGGGCUCAGACUUUGCACAUCGAAGAGUACCAAUCCAGCCUUGCACGGUCGAUCAUACAGAGGCUGAAGGUGGACCUGGACAGAUCCACUGGUGUCAGUCAGCCUUUGGGAGCUCGAGUGGCCCGGUGCACCCUUAAAGGAUUUGCUGACUUCCUCCACAGUUUCCAGAGGAAGGUGGAGAUGUUCCAUGAGACCCAGGAGUUUGGGGACCGAGCUGAUGGUUACGUGUCACGCAUCAUCGCACUGGCUAACUGUGUCCCCCCAUUCAGAAGUUUUGUGGAGCGCUGCAGGCAGUGUGAUCCUCUCGGUAGUGAAGACUCGUCUCAGAGGGCAAACUCCUCACUCGACAGGAUCAUCAACCAGUCUGUACGAGUCCUCAGUGACAGACUCUUCGAGACCAUUCGGCCGUGCUUUGAUAAGCUGCUCAGGAAGAAAUGGCUGAAUAACACAGAGGCGUACGAGAGCAUCGAGGCCUCCAUCAAACAGCACUUUAAGAAGUUCCGCAGGAUGGACUGCCCUCCCUAUCAGACAUUGGUGAACAAGGUUCACAGGCGGGUCAUGGUGGAGUAUGUGCGCACCAUCAUGAGGGGGCGGGUCAUCUGCACGUCACUCAAAAUGAGGAAGAGACUGGCAUACCGACUGCAGGAUGAAGCAAAACAGCUUAAAGCUCUCUUCAAUGACCUGGAGUCCACCUGUUCCUGGCUGGAUAACGUGAUUGGUCACCUGGCUGACAUCAUCCUGCUGGAGGACACGCCCUCUAUUCAGAUGGAGGUUGGAAUGCUGGUGAAGGAGUUCCCAGAUAUUCGGAGGAAGCAUGUGUCCGCCGUAUUAAACGUGAGGGGAAUGGUCCAGCAGGCUGAGCGUCAGGAGAUUCUCGUCGUCGUGCGAGACUUCGAGUCCAACGACAGCCUCAUUCCCAGGGACCACGCCUUCUUUUCCGAAAUUUCCGUGGCAACAGACAUGCCCUGUCUAGGAUUGGUUCUGAUCCGUUUCGGACUGCGAGUGUCGUCGUGGGUGUCCAGCGCUCGACCUCGCAGGAAAUACGCCAGAAGCGCCGCAACCAGGAGGGCGGACGAGGUCAAUCAACAGUUUACACAAGACAGUGACCGACAAAUGGAUCACGAAAAAAAAAAAUUAACUUGUUACUAGUUUGCUAGUCUGUGAGACACAGUGCAGCACAGUCACAGCCAAAAGUAUUGGCACCCCUGCAGUUCUUUCAGAAAAAUCUGCCGCUUCUCCCAGAAUUUUUUAUUCAUGUGUUUAUUUUUUUGCAUUCGAACAAUCAGUAACCAGUGUACUAGUCAGCAUCUUACCAGAGUCAAUCAGUAACCAGUGUACCAGUCAGCAUCUUACCAGUCAAUCAGUAACCAGUGUACCAGUCAGCAUCUUACCAGAGUCAAUCAGUAACCAGUGUACCAGUCAGCAUCUUACCAGUCAAUCAGUAACCAGUGUACCAGUCAGCAUCUUACCAGAGUCAAUCAGUAACCAGUGUACUAGUCAGCAUCUUACCAGAGUCAAUCAGUAACCAGUGUACCAGUCAGCAUCUUGCCAGUCAAUCAGUAACCAGUGUACCAGUCAGCAUCUUACCAAUCAGUAACCAGUGUACCAGUCAGCAUCUUACCAGUCGAUCAGUAACCAGUGUACCAGUCAGCAUCUUACCAGUCGAUCAGUAACCAGUGUACCAGUCAGCAUCUUACCAGUCAAUCAGUAACCAGUGUACCAGUCAGCAUCUUACCAGUCGAUCAGUAACCAGUGUACCAGUCAGCAUCUUACCAGUCAAUCAGUAAGCAGUGUACCAGUCAGCAUGUUAUCAGAGUCAAUCAGUAACCAGUGUGCCAGUCACCAUGUUAUUAAUGUUGAUUAGUAACCAGGAUGCCAGUCAACACGCUAUGAAUCUUUAACCAGUGUGUCAGUAAACCUCACCUCUCCUUAAACUAGUUAAUCAGUAGAUAGUCCACCAGUCUAACCUCACCUCACCUUAAACUAGUUAAUCAGUAGAUAGUCCACCAGUCAUGAUAUCAAUAACCAGUCCCAGAAUCCAGAGCUACACCAUUAACCAGAGGAAGAAAGGGAAAAAUGUCGCCCUCACAUUUCUUUGAGGCGUGCAGGAUUUAAAGAGGAAGUACUCUCCAUUAUUCACACAGCUAACAGGAAGUGGACCUAAUGACCGCCAAGUCAUCAGUCCCUCUAUCUGCCACGGCUAAUGGAAACAGAGACGGCCGAAACAAUGGAGUGCAUUUGUGAAGAGAUACCGAGUCUUAUCCUAUUUCAAUCUGACUUAUCGACCACUCCAUAAACGCGCUGUAUUGUUCGAACUGCUGGAAAAUCGUUUAUAAAAAGCAAAUGCUAACAGCGUUUAUGGGCUUUAUGCUUCCAUAUAGCGGCCGUCUAUCAUCUCCUGCAUUAGCGAACUGCUAGCAUGUUGAUGUUGUCUGUAGGCUGAUCAGACUUUUUUUGGAAAGCUUGAUAUGUAAUGUGAUGCUAAUUUUAGAUCUCGGGACAGUACAUGAGGGUGUGUGUGAGGAACACGAGGUACUGCCACAUCAUGCCACAGUCUUAUUGUCUGGGGGGAAAUUGUUAAAUUAAAUUAUAAUUAAAGGACCGAUCAGAGAAAUAUAUGUAAUUGUAAUAUUUGGUCCUGGUGUUCAAGCGCAUCGUGGUUCUGCAGUAUAUUUUAUUAGGGCAGGGGAGGCUCAGCAGUUAAGAUACUGCCCCAGCAAUCAAAGGUUGCUGGUUUAAGCCCUUCCACUUCCACAUCGCCAAUAUUGGGCCCUUAACUUUCGCUGGCUUGGAUUGUAUGUAUUUAGUCACAUAUGUAGGUUAGGUUUUAUAAAAAGCAUCCGCUAAAUGCUGUGAAUAUUAGAGCAACAAUAUUAAAUUGCUCUUCUGCAAGUGAAGUGAAAGCAGGACACGAUCAUACAAUCUUUUUUGCAUUGCUCCAGUUGGGAUAUACUCAGUUCCCCUUUUAAUAACAGAGGGGCGCAGGCUAGUACUAUUUGGAGGUAGUGGGAUAGUGUAAGUGUUAGUGUGGCUGGAUGUUCAGAUAAGAACUGUAAUAAUAAUAAUAAUAAUAAUAAUAAUAAUAAUAAUAAUAACAAAACAACAACAGCAAUUAUCACUAUUAAUAUUAUUAUUACAAUAAAUAUUAUUAUCAUCACUAUUAAUAUUACUAUUAUCACUAUCAUUACUAUUAAUAAAAUUGAUAUAAUUUUUUUUACUAUUAUUAGUAUUAAUGUUAUUAAUAUCACAACAACAUCAAUACUAAUAAAAAUAAUUGGUAUUAUCAUUAUUGGUGUUAUUAUUAUUAUUAUUAAUAUAUAGUGAAGGUUAUAAGGAAUGUAAUUUGUAAGGUGUUAAUAAAUGUUAAAAUGUGGUUUUAUAGCUAGGCUAGGCUAGGCUAAGCUAUAAUCGAACAGCUGUGUUUAAGUGUGGUAGCAUGCUAGCUAGUGUUGGAGUUUCUGGUAAUCUCUAACUGUGGUUACAGCUUCCCUUUCUUUUGCGAUUUAUAAUGUUAUAAGUCAUUAAUGACAGAAAAUGUCACCGUUUAUUUUUUAUAUAAACUACAGCGAACCAAAUCAGUAACGUUCGUUUUUUUAUUAGAAGAAGUUGAUAAUUCGACUCGUUUUAUUACUUUGUGUACUUUACGAUACUUUAGAAACGCGAUGUUUGUUCACUCGUUGGUGUGGCUGCAGUUUUGUUUCUGUUUUACAGAGCGCUUAAUCUGUUAAAAAUAUAAAAUAAUGAUAUGUGUAACAUGAAUGUGAUUGUAACGUUUUAAUGUUUCACUGGAAAUAAAAGCCCAUUGAGUGGGUAAAGAAACACAA